ACUCGAGCUCCAAGCUGGUGGUGCAGCGGCUGGUGGUGUGGUGGAACCCCAAACCUACGCAGAAACAAUUAAAAAGUGAGCUGGGCUUGUGCUGCUGGUGUUGUGGGCCCCUCUCGGCCUGCUAUGGCCAACGCACCCAGCGCGAGGCCGGCAGCCACGGACCCCAGGGUGCUGGCCUUGGCUGCUCAGGUUACCGAGAGCAAAGAUGAGGACGUCCCGGUGUUGCUUCUGCAGUUAAAGGCAAUUUUAAAUAGUGCUUCCUUGGGAUGUAAAGAAUCAAAAAAAAUUAAGCAAGAAAUAUACUAUUAUGAUCUUACUCAGUACUGCAUGCUGGUCCUUAGACAAGACUAUUCUCGACUACAGGGAGGCUGGACUACUGCUGCCCAGCUAGCAGAGAUACUAAGUCAUUGUUGUGUGGGACUAGAGGUGAAAGAAGAUCCUGAGGAAUUUUACAAGAAAUUUCUUCCUUUAGCUAUAGACAACCUGCUGUUUUUGGGAAGACGCCUGCAAGCACGAUUUAUCCGAGCAAUCAAGGAUAAAGAAAAACAAGAUUUUUUACGCUGUUUUCAUACAGUAACAGAUGCCAUCUGCUGGCUGUUCGGUGGGCAUAUUCAACUAACGGAAUGUGUCCUGCAAAAUGAUCAUUUCCUGCAGUUGCUAAUAACAGAUGAUAUUGAAACAGGAAUUAUAAUGAUGUCUGUUUUAAGCAAUAUUUUGAGGGUCAAUAGUCCUGUCUUGCUUCGUGUUGGUGAGAAGAUUCUCCACUCUGUUUUGGAUGAACUUGUUUAUAAGCUUUCAUCUACCACCAAUCCUGUCAUAGGAAAUGCUGCUACAAAACUGCUACUUUCACUGGCAAAAUUUUGUGAGCAACUUGUGAAGUUACUCACAACUCGCUACAAAGGACUAAAAGUGCUUUUAAGUAAGCAGUGGAUGGGCAAAGGAUUUGACAGAGAUCUCAGUCAACUUUUGGACCUGCUAUACUUGGAACAGUCCAAUGGAAAAGGGGAAAUGCAGAGGCAGCAUCAAGCAGCUUGUUUAAUCCAGGCUACGUGGAGGGGAUUUCAGACAAGGAAAAGACUAAAAAAGCUUCCUCAAGCAGUGACUGCUUUACAAAGAAGCUUCAGGGCUAAACGGAAACAGGAGCUGCAGCAUUUAAAAAAACAAAAAGAAGAUGAGGCUCUAAAACAGCAAAUGCAACUGCAGAGACAGAGGGCCAUGAGACAUUUCCAUGAGCGACAGCUGGCCUUACUGGAAAUAAUCCAUGCCAGUCAGGUAGAUAAGCACAUGCAGGAAAUGGAGAGAAAAUCAGCAUUAACUAUCCAGAGAUUCUGGCGAGGAUAUAGAGCGAGAAGAUAUUUUCAUCAACAGAAGCAAUCUCUUAAGGAAUAUAAAGCAGCUGUCAUCAUUCAGAGAGCGGCUUGUAAAUUCUUGGAAAAAAGAAGGAAAAAGAGAGUUCUCUCUCCUUGGAAAGAUACCAAAGGACUUACUGAUGAGCAGAGACUGGCUUUAAAGCAGAAGGUGGAUGACUACAUCAAAUUGCAUCCGGCUUCCCAAAUGUCAGAAGAAAUGAGUAAAGAAUUAUAUACACAGGCCCAGGAAAAGCUGGCGCAGUUUCUUUUGAGGAGCAGUCUGGAUCGGAGAGCAGCGCAGAGGAGAGAGACAUUACUGGCUCAGGUCAACACUGAUGUGGAGCUGCUAAUGAAUGCUCCAGGGCUAGCAGAGACCACAGAAAAAGAUCUUGAUAUCUUUAUGAGUCGGUCAGUCCCUGUAGCUACCAAGGCCAAACAAUCUCACAACAGUAUGCUGAAAUACACCUGCUGGCCAUGGUGGAAGAAGCUUGGAGACGAAUUUGUAGAGGAUGAUGUCAUUCCUGAUGAAGCCCUGAAUGCAGAACUGGGAACUCUGUUCAUUGGUGGAAGGAAAUCUUUUUAGUUGACAAGCAGAAGAAUCUGUUAUUCACUCAUCCAGACUCAUUCCUUGUAUUAUGCAUUUAUGUGCAUGUGUUUUUAAACAAGGAAAACACUUGAAUUCUAAGACAAAGCACUGAAGAAGACCAAAGGUUUAUUUUAUUGCACUUUAUUGAUCUUAUUAAGAAUCUCUUCUGUAACCUGCUACCUGCCAUCCUGUGCAUCAACAGUAAAUUCCUAUCCACUGUGCUGUUACAACUAGGAUUUAAUUAGUGUAGUUGUAAAUGAAGACAUUUCAUAAACUAUA